CACCUGUGAGACAGGAUAGCAAGAAUUAUUAUAAAGUUCUUGGUGUAUCAAAAAAUGCUUCCCAAUCUGAUAUAAAAAAAGCUUAUUAUUCUCUUGCUAAAAAAUAUCAUCCUGAUACAAAUAAAGAUCCUGCUGCAAAGGAAAAGUUUGUACAAAUUCAGGAAGCAUAUGAUGUAUUAAGUGAUGAAGGAAAACGUGCAGAGUAUGAUCAAUGGGGGGGUUCAUUCAAAGAUAUACCACCAGGCGCGGGUGCGAACUUUAAUGGGUUCACUGGUUUUGGAAAUCCAAUGCACAUUUUUGAACAUGUUUUUGGAGGUGGAGGAGCUGCCUGGUCAACUGGAUAUGGAGAACCAUUUGCUCAAGGAACGGACAUUGAGGUGGUACUAAAUGUUCCUUUCAUGGAUGCCGCCAAAGGUGCUACAAGAAGUAUUAUUUAUGAAGCUGUUACCACAUGUUCUGGUGUGCGGUCUUUGUCGGUUGCAUCAGGAUUUCGUAUGCAAGUGACAUGUGAUGAAUGUGGCGGCAAAGGAACCAGAAUAUCCCCUGAAAACAGAUGCAAUACCUGUGUCGGUAAGGGGCAAGUAAAGGAGCGGAAAACGGAAGCAAUUGAUAUUCCAGCUGGUUCGGAAGAUGGAAUGAGGAUACGAAUCCCAAAAAAAGGCGACAUGCCAUUCGAUAGUCAAGGUCUUCCUGGAGACUUAAUUGUUCGUCUACGUGUGGCUCCUCACAAGACAUUUAAACGACUAGAUUCUAACAUUUUUGUUGAAGCUCGAGUUCCGUUUCAUACAGCCAUGCUUGGUGGUUCUAUUCGAGUACCUACAAUAGAUGGAGACGUAGAAUUAAAUGUUCCACCUGGUUCACAACCUGAUCAACAGAUGGUUAUGAAAACGCGAGGAAUUCGAAAGAUUGGAACAAACCAUCGUGGUGAUCAAAUUGUCGUAUUUAAAGUGCCUCUACCAAAAACUUUAACGCCUAAACAACGUCAAUUGAUUGAGGAAUUUGCUCAAAUUGAAUCUGGAACAAAAUAG